UCCCGCUGACGGCGUUGACAAGCUCGCAAAAUUUGCGCGUUUGCGAACACAAGUUCUGUUUUCCGUACAGUUCUGUGUGUGCUGUUUGGUAGUGAAUAAAGUUGAGUCUGCUGAAUUGUGAUUUUUUUGCAGUACAGUGAUACGUUUACUGAAGUCAGGAUGAUGAUGGACUAUUUUGUGACCAACAAUUCCUUAGCACCCGCACCCAUGGGUAUCCAAAGCACAGCGGGUGCUGUACCCGUGAAAAAUGAUAAAGGAGAAUUGUCGAUGAAAAAAGUGAAGGUGCAUCGUUAUGUUUCUGGUAAGAGGCCAGAUUACGCAGCAGUGAGUUCAGACGAAGAGUCAGAGGAAGAGGACUUUCUUGAGAAGCGCGUACACAAGGGUUACGAUGAUGAGGCCAUUGCUGAUGUCACCACACACUCGUACACGAAGACCAGAGACGAGGAUGAUCCACGUCUGCGAAGAUUAACGCGACAGCAGAAAGAGGCACCCGCCGAAGUACGUGUGGAAAGACACAGGCACGUCCAUGAGCCCGAGCUGAUCGAGAUCGAGCUGGAAAGAACACGAGAGAGGAUCAAAUUGGAGAGUUCUGACUCGUCCGAGGACGAGGAACUGUCGGAUUCUGAGAUAGAAAAGCGACGAGAGGCACUAAAGCAACGAGUACUAUCUAAGAAGGAAACGGAGGAAGAGUUGAUACAGGAGGAAGAAGAAAAAUCAGGCGAGAGUUCAAACGAGAGUUCGGAUUACGAAGAAUACACCGACUCCGAAGAAGAAAUCGGGCCGCGUUUGAAGCCCGUGUUCGUUCGCAAGAAAGACAGAAUCACGGUCAUGGAGAAAGAGAAGGAAGCCAUACGGCAAAAGCAAGCCGAGGUUGAAGCUAAAAAACUAGGCGAGGAACGAAAGAGGGAGACUCUGAGAAUGGUGGAAGAAUCAGUGAGGAAAGAGAUGGGUUCCAAGAGUAAUAUCGAGCCAGAGAGCAAGCUGAACGACGUUUGUACGGAUGACGAGAACGAUGAGGUAGAAUACGAGGCCUGGAAGCUGCGCGAGCUGAAGAGGAUCAAGCGUGAUCGCGAAGAAAGGGAGCAGCUCGAAAAGGAAGGUCUGGAGAUCGAUCGUAUCCGUAAUAUGACCGAGGAGGAGCGAAGGCAGGAGGCGCGAUUGAAUCCGAAGAUGAUCACAAACAAAGCGGCCAAAGGCAAAUACAAGUUCCUGCAGAAGUACUAUCAUCGCGGUGCAUUCUACCUGGACAAAGAUGAUUCCAUAUUUAAACGCGACUUUUCCGGUGCAACUUUGGAAGAUCAUUUCGACAAGACAAUCCUGCCGAAGGUCAUGCAGGUGAAGAACUUCGGGCGCAGUGGCAGAACGAAAUAUACUCACUUGGUGGAUCAAGACACCACGCAGUUUGAUUCACCUUGGAUAUCAGAGACGGCUCAAAAUCUGAAGUUCCACAAUAAUCAAGCGGCAGGAAUGAAACAGGUCUUUGACCGACCAUCUUUGAAGAAAAGAAAAACUGAGAAUUGAACGCUAAUUUUGCUAAUAUUUACACAUAGAUCUUUGUUUUUUUCUCGUUUUACGUUUUUCAAAAAAUAAUAUCGAAACUGUAUAUUUGUAAAUACAAAGAAUAAUAUCUGUAAGUACAAAUGUACCUUAGUUAUAUCAUAUCAUAAAAUAUGUAUAUAUAGUUUAUAUAUAAGAGAUAUUAUUUCAUUAUUAUAUCAUUAGUUGAAGAGAGCAGUGCGCUUGUGCAGACUCGUCCGCAUCCAAGUCCAAAUGUAAAUAUAUGCGAGCAAUCUGAUUGCCCUGAGCUAUCAUGCGUUGCCAGAAUUUCGGAGAAGCGUAUAAAUCAGCGUUCUUCAGAACUUCAUCCCGGUGUCCUACCACCGAAACUCGCGAUGCACACGUCCAUCUUAAUGUUCCAAAGUCUAAGCACAUGAUCCUUUGACGCAGACAACAAAUGUUGGAGUCUCGGGUGAAUCUUCAAUUCGUUUAUCGCGUGGCCAUGAUUGAUGUAGUAUUUGAUGCAGGUCGUGGGACUUAUAUUCAGCAUUAUAUUAUUAUAUUAACUUAUAUUCAUCGUCGUCGGCCCGCUUGAGGUCGCGGGCAAGGUCGAGCUUCCUUCCGCAACCUGCAUGGUUCCAUCGACGAGCUGUAAAAAUUAUUUCACAAUACGUAAGCUGCAAACGGCUAGAUAAAAAUAUUUCGCCAUUGUACAGACGCGUUGAUACGCAUUAAUGACACAAACAUAAUGAUUAUUGUUUUCGUUCGAAAAAAGUAGGACGUAAAAUCAUUCGUAGGUGUCGGUUUGGAUUUUCUCGUCCCAUUACUGAAACACUAAAUAUGACACUUAAAUAUGUGGCAACUUCAAUAGCAAGUAGAAAACAAAACAUAAAAGCAGAUUAUACAAAUUGUCCUUCCUCGAACAAUGAAGUCGAUAUUAAUAAUUAAAUUCUAUUAUUCUUACUACGUGAGAAGGAAAUAUGGAUAUACAAUUUAUUGGUAAAAAGUUGAUAUUGCUCACUUGGUACGUUACUAAAUAUUGGAAUAAAUCAGCGAAAAGUGAGUUAUCAGAUCUUGCGAAUAGUAAAGAAUAAUAAAAAUAAAUCAUUGGCAAGUGUUCUUUGGAAUUUUGCUUUACGAUCCAUAAGCAAUAGAAGAUGCGGAGCUCUUAAAGCUGCUGAUAUAUUACUAGUAUUCCUAUAAUAAUAUUAAAUACUAUAAAAUAAAUAGUCAUUACCUUAAACGACAACAAUUCGUGGAUGCUUAGUAAUCACUAUAGACAUAAUGUUAAUAAUCGACCGGAAGAAUAUUUCGUAUUAUUGUACUUUGUAUUGAAAUAUUUAUGUGUAUUAAAUACUUAUUUGUACU